AUUCACUGAGAGGGUCUCUUUCUCAGAACUCUUAUUCGGGGGAUGCUGUUAAGGAAAAUUUUGCAGAUUUUUGCAGUAAAGAAAACCUGGCAACUCCACUCUAAGAUGGUUUUUAUGAAGCAUAUAUGGCUGUAUUUUGGAUGGCUGGCUGUUACGAUCAUGGUUCAUAAUGAAGUCGAGGCCUGGACGUAUCAUUACCGGACAGACAGCAACAUGAACUGGACGUCAGCUCGCCAGUGGUGCCAGCAGCGUUACACAGACAUGGUGGCCAUCCAGAACAAGGAGGAGAUCGCCUACCUGAACAACAUGCUGCCCUACCAUCCCCAAUACUACUGGAUCGGCAUCAGGAAGGUGAAGGAACAGUGGACCUGGGUGGGGACCAAGAAGCCCCUGACUAAGGAAGCGGCAAACUGGGCAACAGGAGAGCCCAAUAAUUGGAACAACGACCAGGACUGCGUGGAGAUUUACAUCAAGAGGAACAAGGAUGGGGCCAUGUGGAACGACGAGAGGUGCGACAAAGAGAAAAAACCUCUCUGUUAUAAAGCGUCCUGUUUAAAUACGUCCUGCAGUGAACAUGCUGAGUGUGUGGAAACCAUCAACAACUACACAUGCAACUGUGACCCGGGCUUCACUGGUCCUCGCUGUGAGGAAGCUGUACAGUGUUCGUCUAUCUCUGGAAACUCCAGUGGGUGGAGUCUGAACUGCAGCCAUCCCAUCUCCACAAACAGCUACAACUCCACCUGCACAUUCAGCUGUGAGGAGGGCUUUGAGCUGAGAGGCUCAAACACAACCCAAUGUGAUCACACUGGACAGUGGACACACAAGACCCCCACCUGCUCAGCUGUACAGUGUUCGUCUAUCUCUGGAAACUCCAGUGGGUGGAGUCUGAACUGCAGCCAUCCCAUCUCCACAAACAGCUACAACUCCACCUGCACAUUCAGCUGUGAGGAGGGCUUUGAGCUGAGAGGCUCAAACACAACCCAAUGUGAUCACACUGGACAGUGGACACACAAGACCCCCACCUGCACAGAGACUAAUUCAUCUCUUGAAGCACAGUUUUUGAAGCCCACAGAAGAGACACCCCAACCCAUGCAAUUGGGGUAUACCCCCUUGUCCUCUCAUGAGCGUGAGGCCCAUAUGCAGGAGGGCCGGUGCCUCUAUUGCAGUCAGGCAGGACAUCUGCACCCAGCAUGCUCUGAGUUGUCAGGAAAUGACCGCACACUUCACAGACAGGGGAACCCGUGUUGGACUUAUCCAUUCCCCCCGGACCCAGUGGGGUGCUCCUCAAUGCUGUCAUCUCAAGGGGACAAGACAGCACUGCAACAGGCUUCCAUCUUCACCAACCUGGACCUGCGCAGUGCCUAUAACCUAAUCAGGGUUAAGGAGCGGGACAAAUGGAAGAUGGACUUCAUCACCUCGCCUGACAAAAAC